GGAGCGUGACCUUAACCACUUGGCCAUGGGACCAGCCCCCCCAUCAUUUCUUUUAAUUAGCAUUUGAGUGUCUCAGAAUCAAAUUAAUAUCUAAGAGGGAUGUGUUGUGGCAUUGUGGAUUGUGUGGUCUUUUACAGUGUACCUCACUGUAUGGAAGUUUUCUUAACAUUGGCAGGUGAAAGCGUCAAUGACGCAUUUUGUGAUCAACUCAUCAUGACAUGGGGGUCUUUGAGUUAGGUAACAAGCAUUCUAACAGCUUUUACUUGACUCCUGCCCACUUAUUUAUGUGAAUGUAUACGUGUAUAAGAAUGUGAAUGUAUGUGACUACAUGUGUGAGCGUGGAAGUGAGAGUUCAUGCAUGUGUGUGUCUGCAUCUGUGUGUAAAUGAGUUUAUGCAUGUGUGUAGGGUCAGUUGUCCACUAUUAUGGCUGUAACAAACAACUUGACAAUUGAGGGAAAUAGCAUAGUGAACCUGGAUCAAAGAGUCAAUUUGCGUGUAGGAAAACCUAAAGAAUUAAAUUCACCUCAUAAUUUAUAUUUGUUUUUUGUUUCUUGAGCCAUUAUAAAUAGAUUUCUUAAUUAAAAAGCAGUCAUAGUACCUUACUGGAAAUACUGCAGAAUGUGUAGAGGACUGCGUUGACCAUUAGAUGGUCUUGAAUUAAGUAAGCAACUUUGUUUAUCUGAUAGUUACAAGAGUUAUGGAAUCUGCCUGUUAAAACAUCUGAUCCUGGUGCUUUCCUUGUGAGGGAUUGUUUUAGAAUCUUGUCUGUUUCUUCUAUGGAUAUUAGUCUGCUUCUCCUUCCUGUCACUAGUGGGGGUCAAUAUUGACAGAGUAUCCAGACAGUUCACAUAUUAAUUGAUAUUGAGUUGUACAAAUGAGUGCAAUGAUAUCUAAUGUAAAUUACUGGCAUAAUGUUCUUCUUGUUACUUGCAUCUCUUUUUGAAUCCUUCUCACAUAUUUUUUAAAAUUCCACUUCUUUGCUCAUAAUUUAAUUUAUGGGGUAGCUCAAUUAUAUAAAUUAGGAUAGAACUCACUUAUAGGUAGAACAUCUCAGUGAAGCAAAACAUUAUGUGAAAAAAGCAUACUCGCCACCAGUCCCUUCUGUGUCAGACCUAAGGAUUGUCUGCUCUCCUCCAUGUGAGACACUAUUUUCCUCCAGGGAUCAUGGAAAAGUAAGAGUUUCUCACAAACACUGCAACAGUCUCUUAAGAGAUGCUAACUAGAAACUUGUAGUUGUUCUUCAUAAUUAGCACUUGUGAAAAAUGCUUUGAAAAAUAUUCUCAACUCCCAAGCCUGUUACUGCCAAUGCUUCUAGAAGGGAAAUGAUAAUUGCGAUUCUUAGGAGAGGUGAGGUCACAGAGUCACAAACUCAUAUAUCAGGGUCUAGCUACCCCUCUUGCAUACCCACUGACUACUCUGAACUUCAUGAUGAACCCACCAUCCAGGCAGUAGGAAAAAGUUGGUAAGUUUUCUCUAUGUUCAUCUGAGAGGCAGAAUCUGUAAGGAGAGUAAUUGUAUCAGGAGUCUGGGUGAGUGAAUAUAUUGGACAAAGGGGAGUAAUUGUAUCAGGAGUCUGGGUGAGUGAAUAUAUUGGACAAAGGGAACUUUCUGCAUUUGAUCCUGGUCCAGCACUAAAGUCACUUAGGAAGGUGGAAUCAAUCCUGAGGCAUGAGCUAAGCUAGUUUAGAGAGAUGGGGUCCUAGACUUUCCAGCAAUCCCUGAUGUCUCCUAAGGUAAUGUUGUGUAGUCCUUACUAACAGUGCUUGUUUUGGUUUAAUCCAAGGGAUAAUGAAAUCUGAUUUUUAAUGUGCUUAAGGACUGUUGCAGAGUCAAUCUGCUGUUCAGACUACUUUAUAGGAAUCAUAGACAAAAUAUUCAUGUUUCCAGAGGUGCACACAUAACUCCAUGCUGAUGAUAAAGAAUAGGAUGAACCUACAGAAUCAUCUGAUCCUGUGCGGAAACAGUCUGUCUGAUAGCAAUUUCUGGAAUAGAAAUGUUUUCUCUAACUCCAGGUGUAUGAAGUGCUUAACAGAUUGCAUGAUUGUGUCUCUAUUGAUUAUUAAGAGACUUUUCCCAUGUAAAGUGAGGGGAGCAGCAUUUAAGAAAAACAUACUGUUGUAAGUUUUGGAUAACAUUGUUAGGCUCAAAUGUAUUAUGUUACGUUUGAUGCCUUUAAAUGUUAUAAUACCAAUCCAAAAAAUGUAUGUGGUUAAUACAGUACACAAAGUUUUUCCCUUAACUUUGCACUUUGCAUGUGUCUUGUUCUUUAUUAUCUUUCCCAAAACUUGCCUUAGUGCUAAUAACUUUAUUUAACUCACGUAUUAAUAAACAGAUGUGUGCAUGUUCUGAAAUUAGUAAUAAUUGGUUUCUAUUAGACAGUGUUCAUCAGACAUCAGUGUUUCAUCUCUCAUAGUUCCUGUGAAUCAGGCCAUUUUACUUAUGUUCCUGGGAUAAAAGCAAAUGUUUCUGUUGCCAUCCUAAUGUUGAUGCAUUCUUGCAUUCAUUAAAGCCAACUUAUCACGGGCAGGAUCCUGCAGUUUUAUACUGCAACCAGGGCAUCUACAUUUUAUUAAGAUCUCUAAAGCUUUAUUCAAAUUUUACAUUUGCCUAUAGAAUAAGUCUUUAUAAGUAAGAGGAAAUUCGUCAUUACCUUUUUUUAAAAAAACAGAAUAUCAUCCAUUUAAAAUGAAUAGACAAAGUGCAAACACAAAACUAAAUUUAGAUCUGGCUUAUUUGAAGAACAGAGGUAACUUGUAUUUUAGCAUAUUAUGGAUUAAAUGCACCACUUUUGUUAUCAGCCCAGCCAGGUUCAAAUUCUCACUCCGUUCCUAACCAGUGGGUAAAUUUAAGGGAAACACUUAACCUUUCAUUGUCUAUAGUUUCCUCAUCUUUGUAAGGAAUGUAAUAGUGCCUGCACCAGGAAUUUGUGAGGAAUAAAGCAAUUACAGCAUGUGUGGCCUUCAUGGCAAUGAUUCCUACAUUGCAGGGGUUUUUAAUUGUUAGACUUUCAACUUUUGGAAGCCUGAAAAUGACAGAAAAACUAAGUAAUUUCAUAAAAGUAGGGACUCUUCAUAAGUGGCAAAUAUUGGAUUUCAGUUGACAUGAUACACAUAGGCCAUGUCUCAUAUUCCCUUGCAGGAUCCUCUAACUCAGAAGACAAGUAUCUGUCACUGACAACCGACAGGAUGGCCUCUAGCGAAUUAGCAGUAGGAGUGAUCUUCUUAUUACAGACCACAGUCGGAAUCCUGGGGAAUUUUUCCCUUCUUUGCCAUUAUCUUUUCCUUUAUUUCACUGGGUCUAGGCUAAGAUCCACAGAUUUGAUUGUCAAGAACCUGAUUGUAGCCAACUUACUGGUUCUAUUCUCUAGCGGACUCCCCUAUACAUUGUCAUCUUUUGGGUGGUAUCAGGUCUUCAGUGAUUUUGGAUGCACAUUUUUUUUCUAUGUUCGUGGUGUGGGCAGGGGUGUGUCUAUCGGCACCACCUGCCUCUUGAGUGUCUUCCAGGCCAUCAUGAUCUGCCCCAGAAACUACAGGUGGGCAGAGCUUAAAAUGAAAGCUCUCAAGUGCAUGGUCCCUUCAAUUUUCUUGUGCUGGGUCCUGCACAUGCUGAUAAGCGUUAUGUACGCUAUGUUUGUGAGCAGCAAUUGGAGCAAGAAAAACAUCACAAACCGAAAAGCAUUUGGAUACUGUUCUGCUGUUCGUCAUGACAAAACCAGAGACUCUUUAUAUGCAGCAUUGCUAUCAGUCCCUGAUGUUUUCAGUUUGGUGCUCAUGAUGUGGGCCAGUGGUUCCAUGGUUUUCAUACUGUACAGGCACAAGCAGAGGGUCCAACACAUUCAUAGGACCAAUGUCUCCUCCAGAUCCUCCCCGGAGUCCAGAGCUACCAAAACCAUCCUUCUCUUGGUGAGCACCUUUGUGUAUUUUUACACCCUUUCUUCCAUCUUUCAUGUAUGUUUGGCUCUCUUUCACAAUCCUAGCUGGCUUCUUUUCAAUAUCAAGUCAAUAAUCACUCUAUGUUUCCCAACUGCCAGCCCUUUUCUGCUUAUGACCCGUGACUCCAGUGUAUCCAGUCUUUGCUUUGCCUGGAUAAGGAAUACAAAAUCCCUUAAUCUUAUGACAAAUCUAUGAAUUCUGUGUAUUUGCACAAUGUUUGUUUGGUAAUUCACUCGUAGUCUUCAGAGUUCUAAGUACAUUUAUGAGUAGUUGACCAGAGACUGUAAACAGGUCAUGCUGAGUGUCUUCUUUAAAAUAAAAAAUAAGACAUAACAGUAAUUGUAAUAAAAUAUUGUAUACUUAUCAUGUAAAUACUCAUGUGAUUGAGAUUUUACUAAUGAUUUCUGUUGGGGAGUGCAGAAUUUAUGCAAUAAUAAAAUCAAGUACUAAAAAUAUCUAGACAGUAUGGAGAUUUCUUUGAGUGUGUAAUGUAAAUCUACUACAGUAAAUUUCCCAGAAAUGAACUAGUCAUGGAAUUUCUUGAAAAGGUGCUUGGAAAUGGAACAACAUGUGUCAUAUCAUUACUGAAACUGAAGACCCUAGUGCUGGAGGGGAAACUGGAUCAGUGAAUAAAACUUUUCAGAGUCACCUAUGAGUUUUGUACAUUACAUCUUUAGAGAAGCAGCAGUCAUUUACUUCAAAUAUGAUGUUAUGAAGGGAGAUGAGCAAGUUUAAACAUUUUCAGGUAGAAAUGGUCAGGUUGUUCUGGAGUAGGAGAAAAGAGAGCAUAAAAGUACAUUUUAGCUGAUUUUUAAACAACAUUGGGUAAGUGUCCCUAUUUUAACAGAGGUGAAUUGCAAGGAACUGUGUUCUGGAGAUGGCAGAUUUUUCUUUUUUUGCGAAGAUGGUUUGAGCAUGUUGGCAAGAAAGAGGUUUGAAGGUGCACACCCCUGUCUCUAAAAUGAUGAAAUUAGUUUAUAAUGGAGACUUCCAUUAAAUAUGGAGCACUGUAGGAAGAGCCAUUUGAAAGAGAAAGACAUGAAUCCAUUCUAUUUAUGUGGAUUUUGUGGCUCCUUGAUUUUCCAGGAGGAAAGUGGAUACUUCCUCAAUAUUAGGAGAGAUUUUUAUACAUUUUUCUCUGUACUUGCAUUCUGAAGCUGAUGCAAACUAUUGAGAAUUCAACAAUUUGAAAAACAAAAUAAUUAUUUUGGCCUAAUGAAUAUAUAUAUCCAACCUUGUAACACAAAGAGGAACUCCUAUUUAUGAUUAAAAUAGACAUAUAUUUACCAGAAAUUAGAUCACAAAGCAAAAAGAA